AUGCUCCUCCUGCUGUUGCCACUGCUGCUGGCCUCAGUGCUGACAAGAACCCAAGCUGACCCUGUCCCCAGGGCCACCAGGCUCCCAGUGGAAGCAAAGGAUUGCCACAUUGCUCAGUUCAAGUCUCUGUCCCCAAAAGAGCUGCAGGCCUUCAAAAAGGCCAAGGAUGCCAUUGUGAGUCUCCCUCUGCCCUCCUGUUGCAGUGGCUAUCUGAUAUCCAUUGCUGUGGACUGUCUCCUUGCUCAGGUCCAGGAGCGCCCCAAGGCCUUGCAGGCUGAGGUGGCCCUGACCCUGAAGGUCUGGGAGAACAUGACUGACUCAGCCCUGGCCACCAUCCUAAGCCAGCCUCUUCACACACUGAGCCACAUCCACUCCCAGCUGCAGACCUGUACACAGCCUCAGCCCACAGCAGAGCCCAGGCCCCCGAGCCGCCGCCUCUCCCGCUGGCUGCAUAGGCUCCAGGAGGCCCAGAACAAGGAGACCCCUAGCUGCCUGGAGGACUCUGUCACUUCCAACCUCUUUCGCCUGCUCACCCGGGACCUCAAGUGUGUGGCCAGUGGAGACCAGUGUGUCUGA